AUGAAUUUCGACUUUCUUAAUUCAGAGGAACAGAGGAAGCUCAAUCAAUUCAUGGAAAUCACAGACUCGGAAGACCUGGAUUCUGCUUAUCAAUUGCUAGUAAGGAAUCGAUGGGAUGUUGAAGAAGCUAUUGGAACGUUCUUUUCUGUUGGAUUCAGCAGCCUGACAGUAUCCGAAAACAAUAGAAAUGAUGAGGCCUCGGAAGAAUUUGGGUUUGCGGACAACGAAAUUCCAGAGAUUCCAAUAAGAGAGCCCCACGCGGUUGAGUCUCUGAUGCCAUCUGGAAAUCAAACCGUAUUGGAGAAAGUUCAAGACUUCGUUAGAAAUUUCGAAAAUCAAUACUCGGCCGCAGAUAUCACUCUCCCAUCUUUUUACACAGAUACUCUUGAAAAUGCAAUUGUUACUGCUUUCAAUCACGAUGAUAAGAAAUUCAGAAAGCCAAUGAUCUUAUUUAUCAACAACGAAGACAGUACUCUGACGGAAAACUUUGUUAAAAAUGUGAUGUGCAACCAAUUUGUCACAGAUUUUUCGAAAGAACAUUUUGUCUUGUUUCCGUGGGAUAUCACUGAAGACUCGAAUUUAAUCCAACUGUGCCAAAUGUUGACCGAGUGCAGUAUGAGAGCUAUACAGGAGGAUUUGCAAAAUGCUGCAUUCUCAUUCUCAGACCGAGCCAAUUUCCCGUUAUUGAUGAUUAUACACCGAAAACGAUAUUCGUUCGAGGUCAUUCGCAAAUUCAAUGGAAGAAGUGAUCUCAAUGAGGUGGUUAACGGAUUACACGAGGCAUAUGAAAUAUUUCAAAAUGACCAACUGGCAGAAAUUAGCAAGGAUUUGCAGCAGAAAGAGGCACGAGAACUUUUAGUACAGCAAAAUGCUGCUUAUGAACAGAGCUUGCAAGCGGAUAUAGAGAGAAUUAAUUCGGAGAAGAGUCUGAAAGAGAUGGAAAUGGAGAAGAAGAGGAAAAUGGAAUUGGAGCAGAAGAAAAUAGCAGAAGAAGAAGAUGAACGUGUGAAGAAUUUGUCCUCACAGAUGCCAGUUGAGCCAGAUGAUACUAAUCCGGAUUGCAUCACUGUCAGAUUUCGUCUUCCAGAAAACGGAAUAGACACUCGUCGUUUCCUCAAAACCGAUUCUAUCCGGACUUUAAUCAACUAUUUGGAAACCAAACGAUUUUUCAAAGAGAAAUUCACGUUUUUGAAUUCUGAGCUUCCUCGCAAAGACAUUAUAAAGACUUUUGCGCUCGAAAAAAGUUUUUUCGAAGCUAACUGGCCAAAGAAGGAAACAGUGCUGGUUGAAAUGAAGAAAAGUGAUGACUAA